AUGACGGGACAGCCCAGACGUAGAACAUUUCCACGACUGCAGAAAGUUCUACAGAGCUUCUCUGUGUUGCUUCCCGACCAGCUCACCUCGGAGGAGAGCAAGGAGAGGCUGGGGAAGAUUGUCGAUCGAAUUGAUAGUGAUGGGGACAGCUUUGUUACCACUGAGGAGCUGAAAACCUGGAUCAAACGAGUGCAGAAAAGAUACAUCUACGAUAAUGUUGCCAAAGUCUGGAAGGAUUAUGAUCGGGACAAAGAUGAUAAAAUUUCCUGGGAAGAGUACAAACAAGCCACCUAUGGUUACUACCUAGGAAACGCCGCAGAGUUUCAGGAUACUUUGGAUCAUCACACCUUUAAAAAGAUGCUGCCCCGCGACGAGAGAAGGUUCAAGGCUGCAGACCUCGACGGUGACCAGACAGCCACUCGGGAGGAGUUCACCGCCUUUCUGCACCCUGAGGAGUUUGAGCAUAUGAAGGAAAUCGUGGUUUUGGAAACCCUGGAGGACAUCGACAAGAAUGGGGACGGGUUUGUGGAUCAGGACGAGUAUAUUGCGGAUAUGUUUUCCCACGAGGAGAACGGCCCUGAGCCAGACUGGGUUUUGUCAGAACGGGAGCAGUUCAGUGAGUUCCGGGACCUGAACAAGGACGGGAAGCUGGACAAAGAUGAGAUUCGCCACUGGAUCCUCCCUCAAGACUAUGACCACGCUCAGGCCGAGGCCAGGCACCUGGUGUAUGAGUCAGACAAAAACAAGGAUGACAAGCUAACGAAAGAGGAGAUACUGGAGAACUGGAACAUGUUUGUCGGAAGCCAGGCUACCAAUUACGGGGAAGAUCUCACAAAAAAUCAUGAUGAACUCUGAUACCUCCUCCCCGUAGUGCAUACGGCAGACUGUCACAGGCUUUCUUUUAUUGUCUUGGAUGGUUGCUACGGUUGUCUCAUUUACAGCAGUUGCGGCCCCCAAAAAGCAAGUUUCUAACCUCGGAUUGGGGUUAAACUUGCUUUUCACUCACUAUUUACUGGAAGAUAGUCGUUGCUGUCGUUUCAGUAAGGCUUCUCUCCAAACACAUUAAAAUCUUGGUAAAUCGCCAUACCGUAUGGGGAUAUUUGCUAAAACAUGGUUUUUUAGCUUUUUCUAUUAAACAUAAACGAAAGGGGAAGAAAAUGUGAAAGACCCCUAUAUUCAGAAGUUGGGGGGCAGUAUAUGGAGCGACUGCUGUGUAUUUGAACUGCACAUUUUUUAGAUUUGCCACUGUUGAAUAGUUGGUGAGAGACACAUCUGAUGAAGGUACAGUGGUAUCCUAUGUAGGCUUACUCCAGAGCACAUCUAAUAUUCCAGAUUCUUCCUUCUUGACUUUAUACUCUGUCACUGUAAAUGGCAUAUAAAACCUCUGUGCAUUUUUCUGUACAGACCUGCUAAUGUGCACAACAAAUCCCUAUCUUUGUGUUUUUUGUUUUUACAAUAAGAAGCAAUCAAGAAAGAUAAUGUGAAAAAGAAAGGAAUUUUAGAGGUAGGGAAGAAAUGGAUGUCAGGCAUUCGAAGAACUCUAGGAAAAUGAUAAACACUUUUAUUAUACUUGAGAACAUUUUCUUGACAUGUAUAUGAGGUAGGUCUGAUCUUUGAAAAAGUGAAUGAUAAUAACAAGCCGUUUCCUCGCCGAUCGCCAAUAGGAAUAAGGCAGUGGAAUCCUGGGGAAGCCAGUGUUGUGGAGCUCUGGAACCCACUCCGUCUGGUCCCGGGGAAUCUGCGACCCUUGGACCUGCCCUGAGGACUGCUAUGCCGGGGAAUUAGGACAAGGUGAUGUUCAAGCCAUUGGCUGAACUGGUAGAAACAACUCUUACAGGUUGAAAUUUCACCUUACAAACAGUGAACAAAAUAAAGGAUCCCACUGCGGA